UUAAAAAUGGCGGCCAGAAAGAAAUGGAGGAAAAUAUUGUACGAAGACCAAGGCGUUCCAGAUAACUAUGUGGACUCUUCAUUCCUUGAUGAGAUGAAGAAAAAUUUAUACACUAGAACCUAUUCCUAUUGGUCAGUUGUAAGAAACUCUGGUGAAGUCACACAGCAAAUCAGCAGUCUGUGCCUCUUUGUGGUGGCCUACAUCUACAUGUACAACCAAAAACUGUCACCUCAGCUGCUAGUGGUUGCCAUGGCAGCAGUUACUAUGGUAGGCUAUUUGAUCAAGCUUUACACAGACCAUGUGAUAGAGCGAGAAGGUCCACAUAGAACAGUACUAGACGAUUUGAAGACAGCUGUGAUAUUCACAGGAUUCAGUUUUGGCCUGUCGCCUGUCCUGGUUUCGUUGACAGAAACCAUUUCCACGGAUACUAUCUAUGCCAUGACGACAGUGAUGUUACUUGCUAACCUCAUCUUCCAUGACUACGGAGCCAGCGCUGCAAUGGUAUCUGAGGCUCUGUCCCUCAAUGCUGGGAUAUUUGCUUCUGUGUGUCUGGCCUCCCGACUCCAUACAACAUGGCACGCCUUUGCCACAGUCACACUGUCACUUCUUGUGUUUGGUCUGUGGCCAAUGCUGAGGAAGCAAAUGAAGAAAGCUAUCCCAGGAAGCCAAAUUGGAAUGACCUUGACCUUGUGUAGUGUGUCCAUUGUUGCCUUGGUAACAGUGUCAGCAGUAGCUGGUGUCCUGGGGAUGUUGCUCUUACUGUUCAUCACAUUUAUCUGUCCAGCCUGGCUCAUUAGUCUUCAACCUUACAAAGACAAUAUAUAUGGUCCCUGGGAUGAAGCUGUCAUUCAAACAAAAUGAAAAAUGCAGUCCAGCAUCUCCAGCUUCUGGCAGGCAAAUGGAGAAAUUCAAAGAUGUCUCUACAUCUGCGGAACGGUGAAAGUCAAAGAUGUCUCCACAUUGUUGAACAGUGAAAAUCAAAGGUGUCUCUACAUCUGUUGAACAGUGAAAGUCACAGGUGUCUAUACAUCUGUUGAACAGUGAAAAACAAAGAUGUCUCUACAUCUGUUGAACAGUGAAAGGCACAGGUGUCUCUACAUCUAUUGAACAGUGAAAGACAAUGAUGUCUCUACAUCUGUUGAAUAGUGAAAGUCAAAGGUGUCUCUACAUCUGUUGAACAGUGAAA